CGUUCCUCGUUAAACUGUUCUACUUUAAAGUGUCUGACUUUAUGCGCGGGUCGUCAGGCUACCAUAGUGUAGGAGCCAUCUCUUCUCCUGAGGAUCAAAAUUCUGAUAUCCUCAUAUGAACUAUAUAGAUGUUUCCCGGGAAAACAGUCACCAGACAGACAGUCGCCUUAAGUGCAUUGUGCGUUAUAGUCUAGUGUGACGAAAAUAAAUUAGUAAUCUACUACUGUUUGAGGAAAAACGGAGCCUGUCAAAAGAACGAAGUGAAGUGAACGAAAUUAUUCCAAAAUCAAAACAAAUAUAGUUUUGAUUUAUAGCGGAUUAAAAGGAAUGCUAUUGUACCUUUAAUCUUAUUCAAUCGAAUCCAGACGAAUUAUUAUUUUCUGAUUAUUUGUUUUGAUUAUUAAAGCAGCUUAAUUAUGAGUGAAAAUCAGCAUCUGGUUAAGAAGAGGAAAAAAUAUUUGGAGCCUGAUGCUACUGGCCAGAAAGCGAUUGUACCUCGAACAUCUGUAUGGCGAGGUCAGUCAUCGAUUGUACCUAACGAAGUAUUAAAUUUAGCCGAAGAGACUAGGCAUGAGGAAGCAGAAAAUGUUAUUGAAACGGUUGGACAAGCUUUCGGCGAUUUUAGCUCUGACGACGAGAAAGACUCUUUAAAUGUUGACGAUCCUUGCUUCGAUGGUGAAGGUAUGCAUUCAGAGGACGAAUGCGCUGAAUUGCAUGAAGAUGAUGAGAUCUAUUAUGAUCGCACGUUUAGAUCUGAUCACUUGGCUGAAAAUUUGAAGAGUUUCGAGAAGCCUUUGUUUCCAGAUUCAUCUUCUACUACUGCUGAAACUCUUUUAAUGAUUAUGGUCUAUGCAAUGAAGCAUAAAUUAUCUUGGACUGCAGUUGAAGAUUUGUUGAAAUUGUUCAAUACAAUUUUCGGCCAAUCUGUGCUUCCUGAGACCAAGCAUUCCUUCAACAAAAUCUUUGGGACUGCAGACUCUAUGUCAUUUCAUUUCUAUUGCAAUGACUGCAACAAUUAUUUGGGUAAAUUUGAAGGCCAACUUACCAAAGAAUUUAAUGAUCCUAUGGUUUGUCCCAAUGUUUUGUGCAAGAAAGUUCAUAGUGGCAAAACCUUAAAGGAAGGAAACUUCUUUGCCACCCUAUCCAUAAGAAAGCAGAUUGCAGCCCUGCUUAAUAUGGAUGCAAUUCGUGACUCCUUGUCAACAUCAUUAGAACAAAUUAAUGACAACCUCUAUGAUAUGCCCAACAGCGUUUCAGACCUGACUGAUGGUGAACUGUACAAAAAGAAGAGAUAUGUUUAA